ACAUGGAGGACUCGAUCCUGUUCAUGCAGUGGGCGAUGAACACGCUGCAGCACGAGCACCCGGCGCCCGCCGUCGUCGACGAGGCAACCUCCCCGUCGCUCCAACCGCUUCCCGAAGCCUCUUAUGCAGCUGAGACGGUCCAGGAGUCGCUGAUCACGGCAGCCCACGCACACGCAGCAGCAACAGGCUGGAGCUCCCGCGACACCACCACCCGCGGCGGCCAUGUCUUGACAAACUCUGCCUGGCACGCCGCCCCGACCGGCGGCAGUAGUGGCAGUGGCACCAACAACCUUCCCGUGAACUGGAACUUCAGCGCCGUCUCGGCAGAGCUUGCCAGCGACGGCACGCCGGAGACACCCAUUUUCACUACCAAACGAGGCUUGCCGGAGCUGGCGGCAUACGGAUCCCCGAUGCCGCUGAUAAGGAGAGCCGGCCUCAAGAGCACGGGAUCCACGCCUACGUCGUCGGCGCCGUACGCACACGACCACAUCAUCGCGGAGCGGAAGCGGAGGGAGAAGAUCAACCAGCGCUUCGUCGAGCUCUCCGCCGUCAUCCCCGGCCUCAAGAAGAUGGACAAGGCGACGAUCCUCUCCGACGCGACGAGGUACGUGAAGGAGCUCCGAGAAAAGCUGAACGCCCGGGACGCCGGCGGCGUGGUCAUCAGGAGCUCCGGGACUGUGGUUCUGGUUAAGAGGCCAUGCUAUGCCCCGCCAGACGACGAGGAGGGGGCGCCGUUGUGGGCGCCGGCGGCUGUGAGGAAACCGCUGCCAGAGAUCGACGUGCAGCUCUCCGGGAACAAUGUCAUGGUCCGGGUCCUCUGCGAGAACGGCAAGGGGGUGGUUGCGAGGGUGCUCGCGGAGGUCGAGGAUCUCCACCUCAGCAUCGUUGAUGCCAGUGUCAUUCCGUUCCCGGCUUGCGCUCUAAACAUAACCAUCACGGCAAAGGUGGAGGCGACCUUCAUUGUCACAGCGGAGGAGAUCAUUGGCCGUGUCAGCUCUGCAUUAUCACAACAGCAACACAGGAAAUAAACUACAUGCACAUUGUGAUGCACUGGGAAAACAUGGAUGUAUAUGAAACUUAGCAUGUGGUCAUGGAUUUGAAUGCAUUCCCAAUUCUGCAAGUUUGGAGGUCAAUAUGCAUUAAAAUAUAUUUAUUUAUGCACCAAUAUCAUGUGUCACUGUUCAUCAUGAUCUUAUUGUGCAUACAGCGACAUUGUUGUAUGCACAUAUUUUUGGGGUGAAUAUAUAGUUCAUCAAUUAAUACUCCAACCAUUUUACAAUAUCAGAUUUUCUUAGAUUCAGAGCCUCUGAUCUUUGUGGGUUGGUUAAGCGCAAACAUUGUGGA